AUGGGUGGAUCAACCCAUUUCUCUGUUUUCUUACUCGUCGCCAUAAUUUUACUCUGUUCUUCCAGCAAAACUGUAAAUGCAACUUGCUAUGCAACUGAGAAACAAGCUCUUAUGGACUUCAAGAAAGACUUGAAAGAUCCCUCUGGCAGACUCUCGUCUUGGAUUCACGACGUUGAUUGCUGCAAAUGGGAAGGAGUUGUUUGUAGCAACCGAAGUGCCCGCGUGAUUCAACUUCACCUUCGGAAUCCUGUUCGUGAAAUUGAUGGUGACCAGGAAAUAUCACCAUUAAGCGGUAAAAUCAGUCAUUCGUUACAAAAUUUGACUCACUUGCGUUACCUUGAUCUAAGUCUAAAUGAUUUCAGUGGAAUUCCAAUUCCCAGUUUUUUUGGAUCUCUCAGAAGUCUAAGGUACCUGAAUUUAUCUGGAGCUGUAUUUCAAGGAAUGGUUCCCUAUCAGCUUGGAAACCUGUCAAGUUUACGCACUUUAAGCAUAGGAGGCGAUUCGUCCGAUCUUCAAGUUGACAACCUGCAAUGGUUGGCUGGUCUCUCUAAUCUGGAGCACCUAGACAUGGGUGGCGUGGACCUUAGUACAGCGUCUAAUUGGCUAGAGGUGAUUAACACGAUCCCUUCUUUGGUAGAGAUACAUUUGCGCUUUUGUCAACUUGAUUUAAUUUCUCAUCAUCUUGGCAGAGAUACAUUUGUCUUCCAUACCAACCUUUCUUCUCUUACUGUCCUAGAUCUUUCUGGAAAUUUUCUUGGACACCUCAUCCCUAGAUGGAUUUUCGGUCUUACUGCCCUUGCUUCUCUUGAUUUAAGUUUCACCUCGUUUGAAGGCCCAUUGCCCAGAGAUCUCUGGAACUUGACUUCUCUCAAGCGCUUGGAUCUUUCAACGAACCAGUUGAAUGGUUCACCGCCAGAUGAGCUUUUCUAUCUUAACAAUCUCAUUUCUCUGAACCUUAGGGAGAAUGAUUUCGACGGCUUCUUGGAAGGAAUUUGGAAUUGGAGUUCCCUUACAUCUUUAGAUCUAUCAAGGAAUAACUUUGCUACCUUCCUCCCAAGCCAAUUAUCCACUUUAACUGCCCUAAUUUCACUUGAUCUUAGCCUCAAUCAGUUUCGAGGUUCUAUCCCAAGCUCUAUUGCCAACAUUUCCAACCUUCAAUAUCUUGACCUAUCUAAUAACAACCUUAGCUCCUCUUUACCAAGUGAAGUAUUCACAUCGAAGGACUUGAUUAAACUUGAUGCAAGAGCUAAUCACUUGAAUGGUCCAAUUCCAAGCACUGUUGGCAACUGUACUCAGCUAAAAUACCUUUGGCUAAAUGAUAAUGCUCUAUCUGGUUCAAUUCCAUCAAAUUUAGGAAGAUGUGCCCAGCUCAAAGAACUUUGGCUACAUGAAAAUGCUCUAUCUGGCUCAAUUCCAUCAAAUUUAGGAAGAUGUACCCAGCUAAAAUUCCUUUUCCUAAAUCGUAAUGCUCUAUCUGGUUCAAUUCCAUCAAAUUUAGGAAGAUGUACCAAGCUAGAAUACCUUGACCUAAAUGAUAAUGCACUAUCUGGUUCAAUUCCAUCAAAUUUAGGAAAACUGUCAUCCUUGGAGCUCUUGGAUGUGUCUCACAACAAACUCACUGGAACUCUUCCUGAAAGUCUUGGGCAGCUUUCCAAACUUGAAGAGCUUCGUAUUGACGACAAUUCAAUGGAAGGCAUUGUGAGCGAGAGUCACUUUGACAAUCUGACAGCUUUAACAUAUUUUAAUGCAUCUGGAAACUUCUUGACCUUAAGAGUAAGUGCAAGUUGGACUCCUCGUACCCAAUUUAAAACACUUGGAUUGGGCUCGUGGAAGCUGGGCCCCCAAUUUCCUACAUGGAUCCGGUCACAAAAAAUCCUUUCAGAUUUGGACUUGUUCUUCACAGGAAUUUCAGACACCAUUUCACCUUGGUUAUUCAACUCAUCAUUGAGAUCUAUAGACCUUUCUCACAAUCAACUCCAUGGAGGCAUCUCUCACAUUUUGUGUGAAGUGAAGAAUGAAAAUCAAGUUCUUCAAUAUCUGGAUCUUCGGGAGAAUUCUCUAUCAGGAGAAAUUCCUAACUGUUGGAUGAAUUACCCAGGCUUGUAUCACAUCGACCUCAACAGCAAUAACUUCACUGGAAGCAUUCCAAGGUCAUUGUUUCAUUUGGAAGGUCUGGACUAUUUAGGCUUGGGUAACAACAGUAUCACUGGUCCGAUAACCUUUGACUUUGUAAAUCAUGAAUAAAUAAGUGGAGGCAUUUGAUGUUUGAUCCUAUGGGUAAAAAUAAGAUAGACAUCAACAGUGACUUUGUGUA